AUGCCGGUUGGCCGUUUUCCACGACGAUAUUUUGAUUUUGAAAAUUUUAUGGGACCAUCACUUGAUUUGUUUGAUCCAUUCGAUGAAUAUGAUUUAGCAUUUCAUCCGACUCCGUUUCCCUCAUUACGUUGGAUGACUGAACCUCCAAAAAAAGAACGAGACGCCCUUACUGGUCAAACACGUCGAAAAGCAGAAAAAGUUCGCUUUACACUUCCUGUUGGUGCAUAUCGUCCAGAAAAUCUUAGUGUAAAAGUAAUUGGAAGAAAACUUGUUAUCGAUGCAAGACAAGAAGAACGCGAAGGGGAUGAUUUUAAUGUCAAAGAAUUUCGAAAACAUUAUGACUUGCCAGAAAAUGCCAGUUUAGAGCAUAUGGCUAGUUUUGUUACUCCAAAUGGAACAUUAGUGGUUGAAUUCCCGUUAAUAACAGAAACAAAAGAACGAGCCGAUCAUCAACAUCAAUUAGAACGUUAUGGAACCGAUGAUAAUUUAUUUAACUAUGAUGAAUUUUUUAAAAGUACAUUUUUACCAAAAAUAACCAAUGACGAAAAAACCGGUGAAAAAAAAAUCGAUAUGGAAUUAGAUAUGACUGGUUUUCGUCCCGAUCAAAUACAAGUUCAUGUUAAAGAUCAUGAUUUGGUUGUACAAGCAGAAUCAAAUUACAAAGACAAAGAUCGUGCAGCAAGAUCAUUCAUUUAUAAAGCGGUCCGUCUACCACCUGGUGCUAAUACAGACAAAAUGCGUUCAUUUUUACAUAAUGGAAAAAAAUUGGUUAUUACGGCACCGUAUAAUGAAACAAAACCGGCAUUAGAACGUGGUGAUCCAAAUAAUAAAAUAACUGGUUCGUCAUCACCAAGUUCAACACGAUCCACACUGGGCUCAACGCAUUCAACAUUGGAAUGA